AUGAAGCGAAAAUUCGUUGAAAAGUCGAAAGCAUCUUCUGCGCAAUUCAAACCUUUUCGGAACGAUGAUGAAUCUCCAAAAGCAAAGAAGAUAAAAACGUACGGAAUUAAAUCUUUUCAUACAAAGAUUAAUAGACUCAUUGAUACAUUGGAUGGGGAUGAUGAGACUCAAUUAAUUAUUUUCAUCAACAAUUGUGUCAAAUAUUUGGGAGAAGAUACACGUGAUUUAGAAACAGGUGAAUGCACGAUUUGUCUGGAUAUGGAUAUCAUUCAAGAUAAACUCUCUGCAUUGAUUCCAAGAUUAUCAAAUCUUUUAACCAAAGAUUUCAUCCGCACCCAUUCCGAAAUAUUGUUUGGAGCUGUAAUUGAGCAAACUGACGAUAAUAGAUCUAUAUUGAAAUGCAAAACUCGGUUACCAACAUUCUUCCUUCAACAUGAAAAAACAAAAGAAAUUAGUAAUAAUUCCAAACUUGAAAGUUAUAUGAAUGAAUUAAUUGUAACCAAUUUACUGUCCUAUAUUGGAAUGAUUAAUCUGUACACUGGAAAGGCUUGCAGGUCCAUUGGACAAGCUAUUUCAUGUAUGAACUUUUUCAAAAAGUCAAAGUCCGAAUUUACAAAGCAUGUCCACAAACUACUUCAAGAAGAUUAUUCAUCUAAAUUUAUUGUAGAAACUAAUGACGAAGGGAAAAUUAUUUCAGUUUGGAAUAAGAAGGUACAUGAUGUGAUAAUCGAUGAAAAUAACGUUCCUAUGACAAGCAUGCAAAAUGGAGAUCUUUUAAAUCAUUUCAAUCACGUGAGCUAUAGUGACUGUUUAUGUAUAACAUGCCAUUUACGAGAUUUGGAUGAGAAGUUAUGGCAAUUAUUCAUGGACAAAGAGCACAAGAUUGUUCCAUUCAUCAUUGAUACUGAAUGGAAUGGCAAUGACAAGAAUGAUAUGGGAUGUCGGGUUUUGCAAAUUGCCACGUCCAAAGUAUGCAUGGUGAUACUUGUGGACUUUGACGAAAAACCACCAGAAUUUCUUACAAACUUUUUGUUUGACAAUUCUUUCAAGAAAAUAGGAUUUGGUUUAUGCACUGAUAUGGUUAAAUUGAAUAAUUGGCUAAUCCGUCAUGAUAUUACACCUCUAGACACUAAUUUUCGAACAGAUAUUCAUGAAACAACAAAUGGAUUUAUUGAGGGAGAUCCUUUCAGUAUGGGUCUUCACAAGCUCACCUUAUUUUGUGGACAUAGUUCUCGCUCAUCCGUCUUUAACAGCAACCUCAAAUAUCCCGACUAUAAGUGGAGUGCACAAGAUUUGUUACCAUGGACUCCAAAAGGAAAUAAGCGUUUAGAAUAUGCAGCUCUUGACGUAUUGACAGGUUAUCAUUUGUUUGAGAGCAUUUCUAGUCCAUUGAAUCAUCUCUUCUCCUUAAAACUCAAAAUGGAGCAUUGGAGCCAAGAUCAAGCUCGUUCUCAACGUGUCUUCAACUCAUUGACCACAUAUUUGAAAUCUGCUCGUGCAUCCUCUUGGUAUCGCUCAUACUCCACAUUGAAACAUGGCAUUCGUAUAGCUCUGCAUAAGAAUAUUCGUUGA